AUGCCUCCACGCAAGAUCGUGCUAUGGAGCAACUUGCCAGCAGUCACCGGUCCGGCAAAUCAGUGCCGGCUGAUAAUACAGGCCAAUACCGCACUGCGUGCUUCAGCUGUCGGGCAGCGAGACAGCGCUGUGAUCGGCGGAAGCCCUGUUCGCGAUGUACUUCGCAGGGACAGACAUGCAGUUACCCUCUUCGAUCUAAUAGAGGCCGCAAAGAAGGCAGUACCAACCAGUAAACCGGACAGCCUUGAGAAGCUCUUAGCUCGCAUUAAGGAAAGCCCUGUGAAGGACCAAGUCAUCGCAGCCAUUGUCAGCUCUCUAAACACUGGCUCAGACAACUUGUCACCGCCCUUGACUGAUACACCUGAUUUCCACAAUCAAGGGCUUGAACUGUCCAAUAAUAUGACUACUCGCUCGGAGAGCCCUGAGAUACCAGACACCACUCAAGUACCAUGCCCAUGCUUCAAACUUGAGAGGGAGAGUCACGUAGUAUCCCCUUUACAAAUCAUGGCAGCGGCUAUUGCCGCGGACCUACCGACAACAUCACUGUGCCCGAGUCACACAUCUCGUUCCAAAGACGGAAAUGGCUUGGAUGAGCGUCUAGUGGAGUAUCUUACUUCUACUGUUGUACAACUUGCUGACGCUAGUCGACCUGCAGCUCCUCGAUCAACUCAUCAGAAAGAUUGGCACGUGUUGGCACCUCAGUCCAACAAUACUACCUUGAAACUAGAGUCAACAGCAUGCGAUCCUGUGACCGCUCGUCUUGUCGACCAAAGCGACGUCUCGCUCUAUUUUGACCUGUUUUUCAAAAUGCGUAACCCACUAGUAGGACUGCUCGAUCCUGUCCUCCACACCCCUGAAAGUGUUUACAAUGCAUCUUUCACACUAUUUUCUGUCAUUUGUGCUCUCGGUUGCGCAAUAUCAACUCGGCCUCGUGAUCGCAUACUGUACCCAACGCUUCUCUCUUUAGCUGAGGCGAGCAUGAUGUGGUCCAUUGCUGCAUCCGUGAAAUCGCUCGAAAUCAUUCAAGCGAUUAUCUGCAUGAAGUACUGGGCACCAUUGCACCAAAGACAGGCAGACGAUCCAUAUUGGCUUCAUCUGGGUCAUGCGGCGCAGCUUGCGAAAGAGCUGGGGAUCAACCGUCCUUCAGCCGUGACUGAACAAGCCAACGCGCUAGCCCCGGAUGCCAGUAACGAGUUCAAAGAACGAAUGAUGCGCAAUAUUGAAAGAACAUGGCUGUAUGUGUUCAUCGCCGACAAGAGCUUUGGCAUUGCGACGGGUCGCUCCCUCAUUGUCGGUUGGAACGAGUUGCCACCAUGCCCUUGUCAAUGGUGGAAGAAGCCUAUGACGAACCCAUCAGACCGCAUGAUCAGUGGACUCAUUGAAAUAAGGGUUCAGUUGCUAGGGCGAGGUAUCAAAACCCCUGAAGCUGUUCUACGCUGGCACUCAAAAGCCUUCGAAGCCCUAGAGAGCACUCGAAAUAAGGCGUGCUCAACAAAUGACCCCCGAAUCACAACCUCGCUGCCCAUUUUGGCUUUCUACAUGGACCACAGUAUCAUGGUCCUAAACGCACAGGCAAUGAGAGAUCUCAAAAACAUUGACGAAGAGGUCCGAUGCGCAGAGUUUCUAACGGUGUCUCGGAGGGCAUUCGACGUCGCGCGUCGCGCGUUAGAGCUUGCCCUAUCAGACUCAACGAUGCGUGAACUCAGAUUAGGUUGGCACAAUAAUCAGUUUAUCAUGGUUGCACAUGCAAUGACGGAGAUCCUCCAUGCUAUCAAGCGCGGAAAUCUGCCCCCCGCUGAUGUCGUUGAUGCUGCGACCAAAGUACGGUCGGUACCUAGGUAUUUGGAAGAUAUGGCGCAGGAACUUCCAGAUACAUCUGCUGUUCACUUUUAUAUCGCACUGUCUCGCGUUUUUGCUUCCCAGGUCGAGAAGUUCGUCAACGUUGAAGACCAGAACACAGAUCUAGACACCGGUAUCGACACAAAUCUGUUUGUGCCAGAAUGGCUGAAAGAGGUGAAUGGAGGCUCUUUGGAUCCUGCUCUGUGGUUUGAUGUAGGGUUUCUAAGUGUAGAACAACCAAGUUUUGGCAGUGCAGAUCUUGGAGGAGUCGAGGACUUGGACAACUUGACUUUCAACUGA